AUGAAGAAUGGCAGUGAUAUGUGCUGUUUCUUCUUUCAGGUUUACAUGUUUAACUAUGAUUCUACUCAUGGAGUUUUCAAAGGAUCCAUCAAGGUCUUGGAUGAUUCUACUUUGGAAAUUAAUGGAAAACAGAUUAAAGUUACUAGCAAAAGGGACCCAGCUGAGAUUCCUUGGGGUGAUUAUGGCGCUGACUAUGUUGUUGAAUCUUCUGGAAUUUUCACAACACUCGAGAAGGCAGCAACACACAAGAAGGGUGGUGCAAAGAAGGUGGUGAUCUCAGCUCCAUCAGCUGAUGCACCUAUGUUUGUGGUGGGAGUCAAUGAGAACUCCUACAUGCCAAACAUGGAUAUUGUUUCUAAUGCUAGCUGUACAACCAAUUGCCUUGCUCCUCUUGCCAAGGUGGUUCAUGAGGAAUUUGGUAUUUUGGAGGGUUUAAUGACCACCGUGCAUGCAACCACAGCCACACAAAAGACUGUAGAUGGCCCCUCAAUGAAAGACUGGCGUGGGGGGCGUGGGGCUGGGCAAAAUAUCAUCCCCAGUUCAACUGGUGCUGCGAAGGCUGUUGGAAAAGUUCUUCCGGAACUCAAUGGAAAGCUCACUGGAAUGGCCUUCCGUGUCCCAACACCUAAUGUUUCUGUUGUAGACCUCACUUGUCGACUUGAGAAGAAUGCUUCAUAUGAAGAUGUGAAAGCUGCCAUAAAGUAUGCCUCCGAGGGUCCACUGAAUGGCAUUCUUGGAUAUACUGAGGAUGAUGUUGUCUCAAAUGAUUUUGUUGGUGACUCGAGGUCAAGCAUAUUUGAUGCGAAGGCUGGGAUAGGGCUGAGUGCGUCAUUCAUGAAGCUUGUUUCUUGGUAUGACAACGAAUGGGGUUACAGCAACCGAGUGUUGGACCUGAUAGAGCACAUGGCAUUGGUGGCGGCCACCAGCUGAGUAUCAUGAAAGGAAGCUACUGCAUUUUUUAGCACCAACAAUGAGUUUGGUAAUAGGGGUAGUUUAUAAAGUUGAUAAGAGUUCCAUUUUUGUGUUUGAAUCAGACCUUGUUCCCAUCAUGUAGGCGCAGUUUCUGCGUAAAAAUAACGAAUAUUCAGCAUUUGCGAACUCAUUUAGUAACCCACAUAUGUUUGACAUGUGAUUUCAUAUAUACUUGUGAACUGGAUGCUGCUGAUU